AUGGCAUCCUGGGACAAGCUCUACACCACCGAACUCACAAACCACGCCGCCAACCCCUCCGACACCGGCACAAACUGGUUCGACGACUCCGACGCAGAGGGCCGCAUCGUCGCCUUCCUCGACGCCCUCACCGAAGACGACCAAGAUGUACUUGAGAAGCCGCUGUCUAAAGAGGAUGCCGCGCUGAUGGAUCUCGGGUGUGGGAAUGGCGAGUUACUGUUUGCGCUGAGGGACGACGGGUGGGAAGGGCAGAUGCUGGGCGUGGAUUACAGUGCGCAGAGCGUUGCGUUGGCGAAGAGGAUUGGCGAGACGAGGGACGCUCAAGAAGAAGAAGAAGAAGCAGAACAAGGUGAUCAAAAAGAAGGAGAAGCAGAAAAGACCCCGUCAGUCCGCUUUCUUGAAUGGGACCUCCUGGCCGGGCCCAUUUCUCCCAACGACGCAUCCUCCCCGCUAUCCUUUGCGCCCUCCCAAGAAACCCUCUUCGACAUCAUCCUCGACAAGGGCACCUUUGACGCAAUCAGUCUCUCCGCGGGUCUCUCCUCCGACGAAAAUACAAACCCCUGCGAGACGUACCGCAAGCGCCUUUUGCAACUACUCAACCCCAACGGCGGCGUGUUUCUCGUCACGAGCUGUAACUGGACGGAACCUGAGCUGCGGAGCUGGUUCGAGGAGGAUGAGGAUGGGGAGUUAAGCGUCGUGGGAAGGGUUGAGUAUCCGACGUUUACGUUUGGAGGGGUCAAGGGCCAGACGAUUACGACGUUGUGUUUUAGGAGAGGGGUGGUUGGGAGCGAGUGA